AUGCGUACCUCCUUCGCUGCAACAGCCCUUAGCAUGGCUGCGCUUGCCGCCGCUCAAGGCGGCCUUAUUAGCAAUUUAGCCUCAUCCGGAGUCACCACCGCAUCUCCCACAACCUUCGCGUCCGGCACCACCACCAUCAAAAUGUUCGAAGCCGGCGAAACCAACCCCGGCAUGACAGAUUAUUAUGGUAGCAUCAUCAGCGCCGACGCCGUCGCUACCACAGUUCUCGUCAACUGCCGCAACCCCUCCGACAAAAACUGCGUUGGCGGAGUGACCAUGGUUGGAGGGCCCUCAACUUGGCACCUCGCCGUUACCACUAUCCAGCCGGCCUAUGGCGUCGACCUUACCAUCGCCGUCAUCGAUGACUGCAAAAUUACAGCUUCUACCCAAGCGAUUUGCGGAAACACUAUCGAAGGUACUGCGUCCGCUGGCGGUCAGAAGACCACUACUGCCAGCUCCUCGACGCGGACUUAUGCCAGCUCCGAGAUUUACUACGACGAUUUGCUUAUUACUGCUGGUGUCGAGAAGUUGACCAGCCCCCAGGCUACCCAGACCCCCAAGGGUGCAGGUGCGGUUGCGGCCCCGGUCCCCACGGGUAACUUUGGAUUGACUGUUGGUGGAAUGGCUGCUGCCGCUGUUGUUGCUGCUGCUGGGUUAUUGUAA